CCUAACGGAGAUUCAGAACCAUAUUCAGUUCACAAGGGGGAUUCCGAUAAGCUUUAUCAUGGAUUCAACUCUUCCGCAACUUAGGUUCAUGGGUUAUUUUGAGGCUAAAUCUUCUGCAAAACAGCAGGCAUACGAUCCCUAACUUGGGGGAAAGUCUUUAAGAUGUAAGGCAAUCUAAGCGAAGGAAAUGGAUGAUUGGGUUUCGGGAGUAAUCUUUUAGGGCAAUCUAAGAAGAAUAAUCCAUAGCUCUAUUAUAUAAAUUUCGGAUUUGGUUUUCAGAUUUGUGAAAGUAUUGGCGAGUUUGAGCUGAAAGACUUGUCCCUAAGCGAAUCCAUGUUCUGAUGAUAUAGGUAUUGCAGCGAUAACAGAUAGCAGGUUUCCUCGUCUUCCUUCCUUGAGAGGAGGACUCGUGACGCUAACCAGACGAGGAGGGGAAUCAAUGAGCUCGAUCUCGUCAAAAUCUUUAUCAACCCCCGCCAACGAUGUGAUUCAAUCAAUUGUCACUCUGCUUGUAGGCUCGUCCUCCAAACGUCAUGAUCCUCUCCUCCAUGGAUUGCUCACCCCGUAUGUUCCCUACCUCACGGCGCCGGUCAUCCACUCCAUCUUCUCUUCUAAAAACCUCUCUUCCUCUCCAAACAUUCUCCUCUUCUUCUACGUGUGGGCCCAAUCCAAUGUCCCCUCCUUCUCCGCCAACCCUCUCCCCUCUCUUAUCUAUCUCCUUACCUCACUUGUCUCCCACAAUAAGUUCUCUGAUGCCAAAUCGCUCCUCCUCAAUUUCAUCCCCUCCGAUCACCCAACCAAUGCGCUCCACCGCAACCUUCUCCACCCGAAUCACUCGCUUCCAAAGCCUUCGCAGGCUCUAUUGGACACGACCAUCGGGGCUUACUGCCAGUGCCGUCGCCCACACCUUGCUCUUCAGCUUUUCAAGAAAAUGAAGCGACACGGGCUGUGCCCUAAGGUGCUCACUCUCAACACUCUCCUCAACUCGCUGGUGAAGUAUCCUUCUGCCCACUCCUUACACCUUUGCAAAGAAAUUUUUAAUGAUGCACUUAAGCUAGGUUUAGCUCCGAAUGUAAUGACUUUUAACAUCUUGAUCAACGGGCAUUGUGUAGAGAAUAAAUGCAACGAUGCAAUUAGAUUGCUGGAUAAGAUGGAGGAAUAUGGGUGCAGUCCAGAUAAUGUGAGCUAUAAUACGGUAUUAGACGCAUUGUGCAAGAAGGGCAGAUUAAGAGAGGUUCGUGAUGUGCUACUGAAUAUGAAGGACAAGGCCAUCUUCCCAAAUAAGAACACUUUCAACAUUUUAGUUGGUGGUUAUUGUAGAGCAGGGUGUUUGAAGGAAGCUGUUAAGAUCAUGGAGUUGAUGAGGAGUAGCAAUACACUGCCCGAUGUCUGGACCUAUAACAUGCUGAUUAACGGUCUCUGUAAUUCAGGAAAGAUUGAAGAGGCUUUUCGGCUUCGCGAUGAAAUGGCUGGCUUGAAGUUGUUACCUGAUGUGGUAACUUAUAACACAUUGAUUAACGGUUGCUUUGAAGGUGGAAAGAGUUCUGAGGCCUUUGGUUUGCUCGAAGAGAUGAAUAGCAAUGGGAUGAAGCUUAACGAAGUUAGCUAUAAUAUAUUGAUCAAAUGGUAUUGCAAGGAAGGGAGACUAAAUGAUGCCAUAGACACUGUUCAUAGGAUGGAGAAGAGUGGAUUUUGCCCAGACUGCGUUUCAUACAAUACUCUCAUUGGUGCAUAUUGUAAAAGGGGAGAUCUUGCCGAGGCUUUCAAGAUAAUCAAUAAGAUGGGAGAAAAGGGUUUGAAAAUGGAGACCUUUACACUAAACACAGUCUUGAACACACUUUGUCAAGAAAAGAAGCUCGACGAGGCGUAUGAGUUGCUUGCGAAUGCCACUAAAUGUGGAUAUAUCAUUGACGAAGUAAGCUAUGGCUGUCUGAUCGUCGCCUAUUUCAAGAACGGGAAUGUAGAAGGAGCUCUCAAGCUUUGGGAUGAGAUGAAAGAAAAAGAGAUCUUUCCCAGUUUGGUUACAUAUAACUCUCUAAUCGCGGGCCUAUGCAAAUCAGGUAAAACAGCAGAAGCCAUCUCUAAAUUCAAUGAACUUUUGGACAAUGGUUUGGUUCCAGAUGAGAUCACAUACAACACGAUCAUCCACGGGUACUGUUGGGAGGGGAAUAUGAAGAGAGCCUUUCAGUUUAGUAACAAAAUGGUGGAGGAUUCGUUCAAACCAGACACCUAUACAUGCAACAUUCUCCUUAUGGGACUUUGCAGGGAAGGAAUGAUCGAAAAAGCCAUUAACCUCUUCAACACAUGGCUUGACAAAGGGAAACAGCUCGACGCCGUGACCUACAACACACUCAUAACAGCCCUAUGUAAGGAUGGGAGACUAGAUGACGCGCUUGUGCUUGCUUCUGAGAUGGAAGCGAAGAAACUCGGGCCAGAUACUUACACUUGCAACGCGAUCGUCAAAGCAUUGAGUGAGAGUGGGAGGGCAAGGGAAGCAGAAGACUUUGUGUCCAAAUAUAACGAGAUGAGAAUGUCAUCCGGAGAAUCAGUCGGGGAAGACGCUGUGAAAGGUCACUGUUCCUCAACGGAACAACAGGUUGCCGAGUCGGAAGAGAUAAAUGAGCUUUGUGCUCAAGGGAGAUAUAAGGAUGCAAUGCGUAUCUUUGAACAGCUUACCAAAAGAGGCGAUUUUGUAGAGAAGUCUACUUAUAUCACUUUAAUGUAUGGACUCAUUAAGAGGAGAAAAAGUAUCUCCAAAGGAAGAUGAUUUUCAUAUGUUGACUAUUUGUUCCAAUCCCGAGAAGAGAGAAAUUUUGUUCUCUAAUUUAUAUUCAACAAUCUGUGCAUUGUGUAAUGCAUAAAGAGGGGUGGCAUAUAUAAUCGGGAAAGUAGUUUGUAACACCCCAAUCUGUAAAACCCGGAAUUACACAAAUUAAGGUGAAACGAGAGUUAAAUAAAAAUUUCGCUUGACAUUUGAAAAUGACAAUUACUUAUAAAUAUUAAAUUUACAGACUCUGGAUCGCGACCCAUUUAAAAAUAUUUUCAGAGUAAUGCGGAAGUACAAUAAUAAUCAAAUCAUGACACAUUUUAAAAUCUAUUGACCAAACAUUGCCUGCCAUCCUUGCAUCUCCUCUGACUCAAUGCCCUCCGGGAAAGGUUCCAUCAUUGUCUUCUUGUUACCUACGUGUAGUCAACGAAAAAAUACAAACUACACGCUCAGCGAAACCGCUGAGUGGUACCACGCUAGAAUUGUAGAAUAAUUCAUAGACAUAUACAUUUACAUAUAUAUGUCCACAAAAAGUAUAAUAAUAAUAAUAUUCAUAAUAUGGCCCAUUAUAUCAUAUGGACAAUUUGAUGAAUCAUAAUGAUAAAUAUUUAAUGAUAAUUACAUGAUGGCACAAUAAAUCAAUUUGCUUGUGAGGAUGAUUACAUGAUACUCAUAUAAUCCAUAUAUACUUGUUUUUGAUGAUGAUUACAUGACAUCUAUGUAAUUGAUGUACUUGAUGAUGAUAACAUGAUGCGUAAUUGAUGUCACACAUAGUCAUGAUGAUUUUACUUGAUGAUGACUUCAUGCUGCAUGAUUCUAAGUCGCAAGGACGAGCCUUGAACUAUGAGAUUCGCCCAUUUGGUACGACGAACUCACGCAGAAAUAGGGGUGGUACUCGAAAAUCUAAGUACCAUGUACGUACACUAAGCUCGGUC